GAGGAGGCGGGUCUCCAUAGAAACCUCCACCUGUUUCCGGCCAGGCUGUGUGAGAUUAGGGGCUGCUGCGGGGGCCAAUCUCAGCUAGCUCGCCUUUUCCCGGCGGCCUCUGCGGGAGCGGUGGGUGUUGUACACAAUCAUCAUGGCGGCGGCCGGAGCCCCGGAUGGCAUGGAGGAACCUGGCAUGGACACGGAGGCCGAGACGGUGGCGGCCGAGGCGCCCGCGCGGCCCCUCAACUGCGUGGAGGCCGAAACCGCGGCGGGGGCGGCAGCCGAAGACUCCUGCGCCGCGCGAGGCGUUCUGCAGCCGGCCCCGGCCCAGCCCCCUGGGGACCCCGCGGCCCAGGCCUCGGUCAGCAACGGCGAGGACGCGGGCGGCGGCGCGGGCAGGGAGCUGGUGGACCUGAAGAUCAUCUGGAACAAGACUAAGCACGACGUGAAGUUCCCUCUGGACAGCACAGGCUCCGAGCUAAAGCAGAAGAUUCACUCGAUUACAGGUCUCCCGCCUGCCAUGCAGAAAGUCAUGUAUAAGGGACUUGUCCCUGAGGAUAAGACGUUAAGAGAAAUAAAAGUGACCAGCGGGGCCAAGAUCAUGGUGGUUGGCUCCACGAUAAAUGAUGUUUUAGCAGUCAACACGCCCAAAGAUGCUGCGCAGCAGGAUGCAAAGGCCGAGGAGAACAAGAAGGAGCCUCUCUGCAGGCAGAAACAACACAGGAAAGUGUUGGAUAAAGGAAAACCUGAAGAUGUGAUGCCAUCUGUUAAGGGUGCCCAGGAGCGCCUGCCAACGGUACCCUUAUCUGGGAUGUACAAUAAGUCUGGGGGAAAAGUGAGACUCACCUUUAAGCUAGAACAAGACCAGCUGUGGAUCGGCACAAAAGAUUCCCGGAGGGAACCGAACAUGCCUAAUUCACCUGUUUCUGGCCAGCACUGUAGGUAUUCAGUGUUUGAGAGCGGACUGAGAAAUUGCCCAUGGGCUCCAUUAAAAAUGUGGUCAGUGAACCUAUCGAAGGACACGAGGACUACCACAUGAUGGCGUUUCAGUUGGGCCCCACGGAAGCCUCUUACUACUGGGUGUACUGGGUUCCAACUCAAUAUGUGGAUGCAAUCAAAGACACUGUGCUGGGGAAAUGGCAGUAUUUUUGAAAGCACUUUCACCUCUGGCCCAGGAGACUGACCCAAAGUGAAGGACAUUGCUGGGAGAGGCCUGCAGCAUCCCUGGAUUUCAGAGUUCUGGAACUUUGUUCAAAAAAAACCUAUUUCCAAUCUAAGGCGAUGUGGUGACUGAAGCCAGAGGUGAUGUACUUUCACCAUUAGCUUAAUUUUAACUUAAAAUCACCGGUUCCCUUUCUUGCAGUCAGCUUCAUACCAUUUUUAAAGUCAAUACAGUGGAAAUCAAUAAAUCUGAAUUCCGAA